UUGAUUCACUCCUGUGCACUUGACCUUCUAGCACUUUAAUCUGCCUCACUGUUCCUUUUUUGUUUGUUUUUCAUGUUUUUCAUUUAUUUAUAACUCCAGAUCUGCUGUAAUACAUGUGCUUGGGCCACUUGCCGAUAACCUUGACGACCUCAGUUAAAGACCCCAGUCUGGCAGUAUGACCUCUCCUUAUGCAGCAGUACAGUUCUGCCCAGAGCGAGCCUUUCAACGAUUGAGAGAACCAGCAGCAGCCUGUCUCUCAUGGGCUGAAGGUUCUUUCCUGGCCUCCAUGUCACAAGGCCAGGGCUCUCAGGGUACAGAUAUCCUCGGACAAGACGUCCUCAACCAGCUGCUGGAGAUGCUGGACCAGUCUGCGCUACAUUCAAUGCAGCCUAUCGAGUUCAACUUUUCCGAGGGCUCUGCAGUCGGAUCGGCAUCCAAUACAAUACAGAUAAGCAUGGACUGCAUCACGAUGCGUGGGCCGGAGGAGCCCCUUACACCACAGUACACAAGCCUGGGGCUUCUCAACAGCAUGGAUCAAAAUGGUGGCUCCACCUCCACAAGCCCCUACAACAACGAUCAUGCUCAGAACAACGUAACGGCACCAUCACCCUACGCCCAGCCCAGUUCCACCUUCGAAGCCUUGUCUCCAUCACCUGCCAUCCCAUCCAACACAGACAAUCCAGCACAACAAAACCAUCAACCUUCACUUCAAGAAAUCAAUCAAAGCCAAAUCAUAAAACAUAACACUAAUAAACAGUCAACAAUGACAUACUCGACAGAACUGAAGAAGUUGUACUGUCAGAUUGCCAAAACAUGUCCCAUUCAAAUCAAGGUCCUUACCAACCCACCCCAGGGUGCAGUCAUACGGGCCAUGCCUGUCUAUAAGAAAGCUGAGCAUGUUACCGAGGUGGUCAAACGAUGCCCGAACCAUGAACUGAGCAGAGAGUUCAAUGACGGCCAAAUAGCCCCGCCCAGUCACCUGAUUAGGGUUGAGGGAAACAGUCAUGCUCAGUACGUGGAGGAUUCCAUUACUGGGCGUCAGAGUGUGCUGGUGCCUUACGAGCCCCCUCAGGUGGGCACAGAGUUCACAACCAUCCUGUACAAUUUCAUGUGUAACUCCAGCUGUGUUGGCGGAAUGAACAGACGUCCUAUCCUCAUAAUCGUCACUUUGGAAACCAGAGAUGGUCAGGUUUUGGGCCGACGGUGUUUUGAGGCUCGUAUCUGUGCGUGCCCUGGACGUGACCGCAAAGCUGACGAGGACAGCAUUCGCAAACAGCAUGUCAGCGAUGGCACAAAGAGCAGUGAGGGUACGAAACGCCCUUUCCGUCAGGCCUCGCACCUCUCUCAGCUCAACUCCAUCAAAAAGCGAAGAUCCACCGAUGAGGAAGUGUUUUGUCUGCCUAUUAAAGGCCGUGAAAUCUAUGAGAUUUUGGUGAAAAUCAAAGAGUCUUUGGAACUUAUGCAGUUCCUCCCUCAGCAGACUAUUGAGUCAUACAGACAGCAGCAGCAGAACCUACUGCAGAAACAGAACUCUCUGCCACCCCAGCCUGCCUUUGGUUCCAGCUCACCCACCCUCUGCAAGAACAAACUGCCAUCAGUCAGUCAGCUCAUCAACCCCCAACAGCGCAACACACUCACCCCAUCCAGCAUGGCUGGAGGACUAACUGACAUGACCCCUCCCAUGAUGGGCGGUCCUAUUCCCAUGAACACGGACAUGAGUGCCCUAAGCCCCACCAACCCCCUGCAGUCUCAGUUACAAAUGGUACCCUCUCACUGCACACCUCCGCCAAUCAUGGCUCAUAGCUUAAUAUCUGUCAAUUGCAGCUUCCUGUUGAGACUGGGCUGUUCAGCCUGUUUGGACUAUUUCACAGCCCAACCAAUAACCAACAUAUUACAAAUACAAAACUACAACUUAGAGGACUUGUCCAGGCUGAAGAUUCCCACAGAAUUCCAGCACAUCAUCUGGAAAGGAAUCAUGGAGUAUCGACAGACCAUGGAGUUUUCUCCACCUCCCCACAUCUUGCGCACCUCUAGCGGGACAUCCACCGUCAGCGUGGGCCCCACCGAAGCCAGAGGCGAGCGUGUGAUCGAUGCAGUGCGUUUCACUCUUCGUCAGACCAUUUCAUUUCCUCCACGAGACGACUGGACCGAUUUCUCUUUUGACCUGGCUCCAGAUUCUCGCCGCAACAAGCAACAGCGUAUCAAGGAGGAGGGAGAAUGAAUGUAGUGCAUCACAGUUCACAAUAAUACAUACAAUGUCAACAGUGCACAUUUACUGAACACACACACUCAUGCGCUGUUUUAUAUUAACACACUUGGUGUUGGUCCAGAUCGUUUCACAGUUUUCCUCUGCAAGUGAUUAAAAAAAAAAAAAAAAACUGUGAGCCACAUAGUCUAGCUCACUUAAACUUAAAUGGGCAGAUAAAAUGCACUUAAAGUCCUUUAUGGUUUCAUUUUUCUUCUGGUGGAUUUAGCUCUGGUUGUCAUUUCAAGCCCCUUUAUUGAAAGCAAACAGCUGUAGCUGAGGGGAAAUGGUGCUUUGCUAAAUUGUAAUUUUUACUGUUUCUUGAGACCAAGCACUUAAGAAAUACUGACGUUCUUACUACUCACAAAAUACACACUGAACUUUUGGGGUUUCUUUUUUUGUUACAUGGCCAAUGGUGUAUUUCUGUUUUGUUUUUUUUCCUCCCAGCAGGAGCUUUAGUGUUAAUUGUCUUUGUUGUGACGAUCAUUCCUUGCAGGUGAACAAUGUCAUUUUUGUAUGUAUUUCAAAUCGAAAUCGCACAUGGUUCUUUGCUUUAUUCUCGCAGAAAGUGUUAUUCGUUCAUUUUCAUUUGUGGUGUAAGACUGAUGUUGUCAUGUAGCCUUUAUGUAAUACUGUAAACCCUUCUUUGUAUCUUUCAUUUGUGAGUUGCAAACACUCUUUGUACUAUUGAAUUGCAGUAAGUAUUGAAUUGCUUCUAACAGUUGUGAUGCUGUCAGCAGUCUGACAUGUUGUUUACUGGCCUCUAAUAGUAUAAAAGUGAUUUACAUUGGUACAAUGGCCAAUGUAAUGUGGCUUCAGUAUUUUUUAAAACAAAAUUCCAAUUCACUUGAUACUUGUUAUUAGCCUUUUGUGGCAAUAUUGUACAGAUUUUUUUUAUUACGCUUUCAUGUGACAACUGAGUAAACAAUUCCUUAUCAAACUAUUAAGGAAUUAUUGUAAAUAUUUUGCAAUGUACUUAUUUUGAUAUAAACAAAAUAAAACAAAUAUCAUUUAACAUUG